AUGGUCGCGGCUGAUCCCACUUAUCCUCUCUUCCCAAUAGCCAGUUUCCUGGCUUCGGCAAUGCUGUCCAUGGUUUUGCUCACUAGCUUUGUACACCAACGCUGGAAUCUGGGUGUCGCAUUCUUGUGUUUCUGGCUGUUCUUGGAGAAUCUGCUGGGCGGGGUUAGUGCAAUCAUAUGGUCUGACAAUGCCGACGUCAAGUUAUACGUAUACUGCGACAUAGUAUCGCGACUGGAACUCGUAACUCUGGUUGUGAAGCCUAUGUGCACUCUCAUCAUCACGCGGCGCUUAUAUCUCAUCGUCAAUCUUCGCUCGGAGAACGCAUUCAGUGUGCGCAGGAACCGCAAGGACGUCGCUAUAGAAUGGACUCUGGGAUUGGUGAUCCCUUUACUCCUUGCGGGUCCGCUUUACUAUAUAAACGAAGACGCUCGCUUUCAGAUCCUCGAGGGUGGCGGUUGCGAUGCGGCAGUCUCCGGCGAGUCGGUACUUGCCUUGCUCCUCUCGACUAUAUGGUCGUUUGCGCCCGCACUUCUAUCCGUCAUAAUUUAUUAUCCUCGAAUCGCAUGGAUACUCUACACACGAUACAAAGACACGAGUCAUUUCCUACAAAGCAGCCAAUCGAUAUCGCGCGCAUACUUCUUUCGCCUCUUGAUGCUGGCCAGCAUCGAUGUACUCGUGACCCUUCCCUUCGGCAUCACGACCUUUGUCUUGAGUCUCCUCUCCCAGUUCGAGCAGGUCGGCAAGCAUAUAACCUUCUAUGAGGGCUGGGAUACCAUUCACAGCGAUUGGACUCCUGCCGGUGUGACCUACGCCGAAUUCAGGGCCGCUGGACCAGCCACUAUUGCGGAGAUGUAUUUCUCGCGGUGGUCUUCGCCCUUUCUUGCAUUCGUCAUAUUCGCACUAUUCGGUGUGACUGGGGCGGCGCGCGGUACUUAUUGGGAGCUCCUUCGUACAGCGAUGAGAUGCCUGGGUUGGAAACCGCGUGUGCUUCAACAGGAGUCUUCAGCAUUGGACACGAUGGCCUUCGGUUCGCGUCCUCAAGAGACGAUACGCGAUGUAGAGUCCGGGUCUUCUGAGCACCCAAGCUCUUCAGACAUCGAAGUCUCUGGCGUCAACUCGGAUACAAAGAGUGAUACCCGCAAUGAAGUACGCAUCGAAGACAAGCCCACCUUGCAUGAGUCUUAG